AUGAUUUGGUAUUGGUUUACGAUAUUACCAGCUGUGUUAGUGAAUUGCUACGAAUUUAAAUGUGGAAAACAAAUAAAUGGAUCACGUAAGGAUUUGCUUCCAAAAACUUUGGCAUUGAAUGGUAGUUAUAAGACAGUGGUUCGACGCACCAAUUGGCUUACAAAUGUAACAAGUUUGAUUACCGAAAGGCAUACAGCAAAUGAAACUCACAUUACGAUCGAAUCGCGUUACACUGGCACAACUCAUUUCAUUCUGGGAAGCCGCAAUUAUACCUAUAAUGAAACUUCAUGUGCGGCUUUACCAAAUGUUACAGCACUACCAGCAAUAUAUUUACAGCCACAGCUUGCGGAAAGCUACAACUUUACUAUUAUAACAAUGGCUGAAUUGAUAAAAUCCAUCAUUUACGCCAAUUUCAACCAUGGUCAUUUGCGGAAUAAAACAGAAGUUGGUGGAAUUGAUGCAGUUUUAUGGCUUGGUUGUCAUAAAAGAAAGAAUAGAACGUUACAGUUGGAAGCAGCAUAUGCAGGUGAACAUUCUCAGAACUCAUACUCCUCAACCGUUAAAAAUCCAUAUAUUUUGUCUUUGCAGCUGGCUACUUUUAACGAUACUAAUUUAAUAUUAACUGGGCAUGAUUCUCUUGAGAUUACACAACUUGAGAUGUUAACUGGUGCACAGUUGGAGACAGAACUACCGGAAGGAUUGUACUGCAGCGGUUUCCCUGCAACCAAAAGAUCUGCCAUAUUCCCGAAUAAAUUUGAAAUGUCCUUUGAUUAUAUUGAUGUUGAUGGCAAAGUCGUUCACGACAUUGAUAUGUAUUACAAUGGUAAUGAACGCAUAUUUUGGAUGCAUUUAAAUGCUCGGUCAGGGAAAAUUACGCCUUUCAUUGGAAAUGCAACAAUUCCCGAAGGAAUCACCAACAUUCAUGUUAUUCAUGAUUUCCAAUACGGACUUCAGUAUUUGCUAGAUGGAGACAAUAAUGUUUGUAGUUCUGUCUCAGCAAUCGAUGCAAAUUUUGGCGAUGUACAAACGGUGAAUGCAUCAACGAAAGAAAUUGAUUUGAAGAAACCAACGCAACUAUUCUUGAGCUCAAAUGACUCAGUAUUCUAUUAUGCGGGAAAACGAAUAGUUGAUGAUAUACCAUUGGAUGUUUAUGUUACAAAAGUCGGUAAUUCAACUACAACCUCAACAGUUAUUGAACUGCUUUACACGACGGGAAAUUGGGUUGUGGAAACAGCUGCGGCACCUUUUCUUCAUUCAAUAAUCCAAUACCAUAUGAACGAAUCAGGCAAGAAAACGAAAACGGUAAUUCGUCUUCAUUCAUUCAAAAAUGAUUCAGAAGACGGAAUUUUGCAGACCUCACUUUCCAUUUAUCCGUGCCUUAAACUUGUUGAAGACAGUUAUCUGUAUAUCAAUAUCAAGAAUACGACGCUGAAAAAUUUGGAAAGUUUUGGAAUUGGAAGAGUUCGAGAAGGUUUGCGAGAAGCUGUAGCACAUGUUGCUAAUGUUUCUGUGCUCCGAAUUGCCAAUUUCUUCUUUAAGCAGAUUCAAGAGAACGUUGUUGCAUUCUUCGUUGUUGGUGAAGCAUCUGGUGUUAAACCAGCAAAUGCAUGGAAUAGAUCCAAUGAGACAAGUGCUGAGUCAGCUGUUAACCUACUAAAUGCAACAUUGAAGGAAAAGGAUAUAAAAUUCCCUAUUUUUAUUGGUCAUCGUAUGGUGAUGCUCAGUCUUUCAAAAGCAAGUUUGGGUAUCAUCCCAUCAGUAUGGGCGCCGUUGCCGUUACCCACUUUUCGUGGUUAUACAGGUGGUUCGAUGUUUGUUCUUGGCUUCUUUAUGCUUUUGCUUGGUGCAGCAUUUGGUGUUGGCAUUGUGUAUUUUAUUUGGAAGCGACAACGUUUCAGUGGUCUUGCUUAUCAAGUAUUUGAGUAA